UUCGGCCGGGAUCAAUGCAGGGAGUGGCCGGGAAUUGUUUCGAGCUUGUGCGGAGAGCCAUGGUGGGAGCUUUGGAGUCGCAAGCAGCUAUCAGUCUUGCGACGUUUGGGGGAGUGAAGAGACCUCAGUUGCCGAUCAAUUUUUUCAAGUUUCCUGCCGCCACGCGCCUCAAGGCUGUGCAACAGUACAUAGGCUGCUUUGAGUACCGGAUAGCGCUUCAGCCACACUACAAUGUUAAUAAGUACAGGCCACUGGCAAAACUUAUGGACACUGCACAGAUGAUGAUUCACAGUCCUCAGGCAAUUAAAUGCGUUGAAGGUGUGAUUUUGGCAAUUUAUCUCACCGCCGGACUCCAAGGCGUGGAACGACUUCCCGUGGGUUUUGAGACUGAACAAGACACGAAGAUCCAUCAGCACAUCAUUCUAGUGGUGCGCAAUGGAAAGAAGUUUGGUGCGUUUGGGAUGAGCCGCGAGGCCGACUUGGCAGGAAGAGAGAUUGAGUUUGAUAGGUUCUCGUCACAGCUCUUAAGUUUGUCCUUCUACAUCCUUUUAAAUUUUUGCAGCUUCUCAAGUAUUGUUUCUGAUUACAAACGAGCCUACGAAGGCCAUCGCCACACCAUCCAGAAGCUAUGGGUUGGACUGCCGGUGGAACUCAAUGUCGAGUCUUAUAACUACGUUUGCUGGCGGUAUUUGACACUCACGCCAAACUUGCAACCAUGGAUAGAGUGCUGUGCCGAAAUGGACAAACACUUCUCGCAAUCGAAAAAACUCUGGGAAAGAUGGCUGCUCGAGGGACAGGGAGAAAUCCCAAAGAACCAAAGCAUCUAUAACAACGCCAAGAAACUGGAUAUAAACGCUGUUCCCAGAGCUGCAGGCGCGAUCUUGAGGAUUCCAAGGCCGCCUUCACGCUCGACGAUCUUACCAUCGAUCGUGAACCUCAACGAUGAGGCUACUACUCCUGUGCCAUCGCGAGUGGGUUUUCAUGAGAUCCCGUCCAUCAGAUAUUUCCACGACUAACUUUUAAUGGGAGUUUUUUUAUUCUACCUUUAACUUAACCCCGCCUUUU